AUGAAGCCUGCAUACCUUUUUCUUGGCUCCAUGGCCCUUCUGCUGCUGGCUGGCUGCAGCUGUGUCCUCAGCACCUCCAGCUACAACCUGAGCACCUUUGUGGGUUGUACUGUGAGGGAGUUCACUUUUGUGGCCAGGAAGUCAGGUUGCAGAGGCCUUCGGAUCACCACGGAUGCCUGCUGGGGCCGCUGCGAGACUUGGGAGAGGCCCAUGCUGAGGCCCCCAUACAUUGCAGCCCAUCAUCGAGUCUGCACCUACAACGAGACCAAGCAGGUGACCGUCCAGCUGCCCAACUGCACUGCUGGAGUGGAUCCCUCCUACACCUACCCCGUGGCUGUCCGCUGUAACUGCAUGGGCUGCUCCACUGCUACCACCGAGUGUGAGACCAUCUGA